AUGGAAAGCACUGCUAAAGCAGAAAUUGAUUAAGAUUCUGACUUCUAUGAUAUUAUGCAAGCUAGGAAUCAAAAUAAAAAGCCAAGAACUCAGGAGGAAGUUGAGGAGGAUAUUCAAUAUUUCGUAAAUCAUCCUUUGAAUGCUAAGAAGAUGACUCCUGAGAUGCUUGAAUUACCAGAGUAUCAAGCCUUAUAAGCACUCGCAUACGAGGGUUCUGCAGAUGAAAUAGCUAAAAACUUCAAGAAUCAUGGAUAUGAUAGAUUGAAUAAGGUGUUGAUGAAAGAUAGCAAGAAUGAAAGUAAAGACAUUGAAGAAUCUAUAUAUUGCUUUGAUUAAGGUCUAGAAUAAAAGCAUGAUGACAAGGACCUGCUCUAUUAUCUAUAUAUCGGCAGAGCUAAGGCUAAUAUCCUUAUUGGUUAGUUUGGUAAGACUAAAGAGGACGCAAUCGAGGCUAGAAAAUUCAAGGAAUCAGAGCAAUCAUGGACCAUUCUAAUGAGAUCUAGAAUUUUCGUUGAGAAGUAUAAGGAAGCUAUUGAUUAUGGCACUUAGGCACUAAAGAAAUUCGGAGAUAGCAGGGUUGUAAAUGAUCUAUUAAAGAAAGCAAAGGAUGAGUACAAAAAGGAAGAACAAAGAAUAGAAGAGAUAUCAACAAUGAGAAGCAUUUAGUAGGAUAAGAAAUAUUAGAUUUACAAAGCAAUGAGGUCAAAGCAGAUCAAGAUAGGUAAACAAGUACAUCAUUUGCCUGAAAUAGUUGAAAUCUCUAUUUUUGAAGAUGACAAUGGACUUCUUCACUUCCCUGUUUUGAUUCUUUAUGACGAAUACAUGGCUACUGAUUUUAUUUAGGAUUGGCGUGAAGAUCAGACACUUAAGGAUCAUUUAGAAGCUGUAUUUGCUGAGAGAGCUCCUUGGGAUGAGAAAGGAAAAUAUAAAUUCAACACAAUCGAAGUAUAUUUUGAAGCGGAUUCAACUACGCCCCUUGACCCUAAAGAUAAAGCUAAAGAUAAAUCAAACAAGAAGUAUGUCAAGUGCAAUAUGGAUUGGACUCUUCUUAAGAUCUUAUAGCAUAGACAUCAUAUUGUCCCACAAUACCCAGUCAUCAAAAUUGUAUGCAAGGACUCUGCUUUUAGAACAAGCUUUCUUAAUGAAAUUUGA